CUUCACCAAUCACCAUCGUUAAUUACCUUGCGCGCUGCACCUCUACCAAUAUAAGAUCAAAAACUAUUCAAAAAUCCCCCACUCUUCAUCUGAUCCCCAAGUCCCACGCUCUCUACUUUCCCUAUCGCCAUUGUCCCUUCUCAAUUCCACCCCCAUUUUUGUCAUUUUCUCAAUCAAAUCAAAUCAAAUCAAAACCCAAUGCCUCAGCUCGCCGAAACUUACGCUUGCGUCCCAUCAACUGAGCGGGGCCGUGGUAUCCUGAUCUCCGGGGAUCCCAAAUCCAACAAGGUUCUUUACACAAAUGGGCGAUCCGUCAUCAUUCUUGACCUUAGCAAUCCACUGAACGUUGCCAUUUACGGGGAGCAUGCGUACCCGGCCACGGUGGCUCGAUUCUCGCCAAACGGGGAGUGGAUUGCCUCGGCUGACGCGUCCGGCACUGUUAGGAUAUGGGGGACCCACAACGACCACGUGUUGAAGAAAGAGUUCAAGGUUUUUUCGGGUCGGAUCGAUGAUCUCCAGUGGUCUCCUGAUGGGAUGCGGAUCGUCGCCUCCGGUGAUGGCAAAGGGAAGUCUCUUGUUCGCGCUUUUAUGUGGGAUUCAGGCACUAAUGUGGGUGAGUUUGAUGGUCAUUCAAGACGAGUUCUGAGUUGUGCCUUUAAGCCAACGAGGCCCUUUCGCAUUGUGACAUGUGGAGAGGACUUUUUGGUUAAUUUCUAUGAAGGUCCACCCUUCAGAUUCAAGCUAUCUCACAGAGACCACUCCAAUUUUGUAAAUUGCGUAAGAUUUUCUCCAGAUGGAAGCAAAUUCAUCACUGUAGGCUCUGAUAAAAAGGGUAUUUUAUUUGAUGGAAAAUGUGGGGAAAAGAUUGGAGAAUUAUCGUCUGAAGAUGCCCACAAAGGCAGCAUUUAUGCAGUCAGCUGGAGUCCUGAUAGUAAACAGUUGCUGACAGUUUCUGCUGACAAGACAGCUAAGGUAUGGGAUAUCUCUGAGGAUGGUAGUGGGAAGUUGAAAAAAACAUUGACAUGUUCUGGUUCAGGUGGAGUUGAUGACAUGCUUGUUGGAUGUCUUUGGCAGAAUGAUCAUCUUGUUACCAUCUCUCUAGGUGGCACAAUUAGUAUAUUCUCUGCUAGUAAUCUCGAAAAAGCCCCACUUCAAUUAUCAGGACAUAUGAAGAAUAUCACUUCACUAGCUGUCCUAAAGAGUGACCCAACAUGUAUACUGUCUAGUAGUUAUGAUGGGCUAAUAAUUAAAUGGAUUCAAGGUUUGGGAUAUAGCGGUAAAUUACAGAGGAAAGAGAAUUCUCAAAUCAAAUGUUUUGCUGCUGCUGAAGAAGAGAUUGUUACUUCUGGAUUUGACAAUAAGAUAUGGAGAAUUUCUCUACAUGGGGAUCAGUGUGGGGAUGCAGAGUCAGUUGAUAUUGGCAGUCAACCAAAGGACUUGAGCCUUGCCCUUCUCUCUCCUGAACUUACUUUGAUUACAACUGACUCAGGAGUUGUCAUGCUCCACGGUACAAAAGUGGUGUCAACCAUAAACCUUGGUUUUGCUGUGACAGCAUCAGCAGUUGCACCUGAUGGAAAUGAAGCUAUUAUUGGGGGGCAGGAUGGUAAAUUGCAUAUAUAUAGUAUCACGGGUGAUACCCUUAAGGAAGACGCGGUUCUUGAGAAACACCGAGGUGCUAUUACCGUCAUACACUACUCACCAGAUUUUGCAAUGUUUGCAUCUGGUGAUGUAAAUCGAGAAGCUAUAGUCUGGGAUCGUGUCUCUCGAGAGGUAAAGCUUAAAAACAUGUUGUACCACACUGCUCGUAUAAACUGCCUUGCUUGGUCUCCCAAUAGCAGUAUGGUUGCUACUGGAUCACUGGACACCUGUGUAAUAAUUUAUGAGGUUGACAAACCAGCAUCUAGCCGAAUGACUGUAAAGGGAGCUCACUUAGGCGGAGUUUAUGGAUUAGCCUUUACUGAUGAAUACAGUGUGGUGAGUUCUGGCGAGGAUGCUUGUGUUCGAGUGUGGAAAUUGACUCCGCAAUGAUGGAGGCCAAUAAAGAGAUGUCAGGUCGGAAUUAGAAGUUUGGUGAAUUUGCUGAGUUUUACUGGGUUUUCUUUCUGUGAGGUUGGUCAGAAUCAGGUGUCCAAACUGAAAUAUACAGGUUGGAGUUGGGUGAUUUUGUGAACAGCAUACUACCAGCCUUAUCUUUUCUAGUGUCUGUGUUAUAUGGAAACAAGUGUUUUAUUGAGAGCUGAGACCGGAGGAGAUUUUGCUGCUCGGAAUUGGCAUUGUUUUCUCACGCCAAGAAGACGGUUCUCAUGUGGAUUUAUUUAAAUGAUGGUGGCUUCAUUUGUAAACAUUGUAUGUUAAAAAGUAUGGUGUAAGGUGUGCAACCUAUUUGUAUGAUUAGCUAUGGCAGACCCUCAGUGGAGAACCUCGAGACUGGGAAGUGAAUUUCCUUGGAGUGGUAGGAUUGCUUGAUGUAUUCUCUUGUGCAUGUCCAAGUUAAAUAGACUGCUAAAAGUUUGCGAUUUCUCAAUAAUUCUUCGUUUUUUUUAUACAGGUGCCAUUGUUUUUAAGACUUUACUUAGUGGUAAAGAGCAGUGAUUAAAAAAAUUGUAUCGGAUUGGAUCUGCCUUUUGGAUUGGUUGAAUCAGUAAUCGAUAAUCAGUUCGGUCAAAA